AUGGGCAAGCUGUUGAAGAAGCCAGCCGCCUCCUCCGCCUCUACAAGGAAGACUACGAGCACGGCAGGCCUUCCAAUUUGCCGAGCCGCCCUGGAAAUGGUUCCCGUGGGUCAGGUAGUGACGAAGAAGGAGUUGGCGCUGAUGGCUUUCGGCCAUCCUGGUCAAGGGCAGCUGGCGCAGAUCGGCAAAGCUGCAUCUGCACUGGCCGAGGGCCGGGUGAAGGGAUGGUGGCGCAUCGUCAACAGCGGCACGCCAGCUUUGCUGUCGGGGCGGGAAGCGGAACAGAAGCGAAGGCUCAAGGCGGAAGGGAGCUCGCCGAACUUCCCGGUGAAGCAGGGCGCGAGAUCCGGCAGUGCUGCCGCAGUUCUUGUCCACCCUCUUCGGCUGCGUUGA